GUGAGUUGUGCCGUAUUUGUGUUUCUCAGCUCUCUGUUGUGUUUGGCCUCCUCUCUGUGAAGCGGCUUCCUCGUUCAGCAAACCUGUCGACACCUGCGACAGCAAACACUUUGACGAGGAUUUUCUUUCACCGGCGACGUAAACGAUGGCUGCGGCCGAACACCGGAAUUCUUCUUCUUCUGGUUCUUCUUAACGGUUGUUACAGCGGCCCGACUCGGUGAUGUUUCCUCCCGCAGAAAAGAUGCCUGCUUCGGGCUGAGUUUUCUGUCAACACCGGCAUGAAGAUAGAUCUAUACCAAGUACCAAUAACAAUUUUAAAGGUCAGCAUCUUAUUACCUUGCGAUCAAGAUUUCCAAUACAGAUUUUCAAAUGAAAAUGGAGGAUAUGCCCCUCUCAGGCCCAGACAACACCAAGCUGGAGUCCUUGGUCCAUGACAUCUACUCUGAGCUGGUGGAGGAUGCCUGUUUGGGCCUGUGUUUUGAGGUGCAUCGUGCAGUGAAACAGGGCUACUUCUUCUUAGAUGAAACGGACCAAGAGAGCAUGAAGGAGUUUGAAAUCGUGGAUCAACCGGGUGUGGACAUAUUUGGGCAGGUGUACAAUCAGUGGAAGAACAAAGAGUGCGAGUGUCCCAACUGCAAAAGAUUAAUAGCAGCUUCUCGCUUCGCGCCACAUUUGGAGAAAUGUCUCGGCAUGGGACGCAACAGCAGUCGCAUCGCCAACCGCAGGCUAGCCAGCAAUAAUAACAUGAGCAAGUCAGAGAGUGAUCAGGAAGACAACGAUGACCUAAAUGACAAUGACUGGUCGUAUGGGGCAGAAAAAAAAGCCAAGAAGAGAAAGUCAGACAAGAAUCAGAAUUCUCCUCGAAGAUCCAAAUCUAUGAAACACAAAAAUGGUGAGCUUGGGACUAGUGUCACUUCGGAACCUUACAAGUACAACUUUAAUACCGGCAUCAGUUAUGAAACUUUAGGCCCAGAUGAAGUCAGAUCCCUUUUAACAACGCAAUGUGGUGUGAUCUCAGAGCACACCAAGAAGAUGUGUACCAGGUCUCAGCGAUGUCCCCAGCACACGGACGAACAGAGGAGGGCCGUCAGGGUGUUCCUCCUGGGGCCGUCCGCGCCGGCGCUGCCUGACGCGGAUCCUGUGGUGGAGAACGACGGCUUCGACAUUCCAGAUGGACAGACUUUAAUGAGCCGCUUGCAGUGGGAAGACUCACCUGAUAUUUCACCCACUGACUCUGCCUCAUCCAAAGCCAGCACCAACCAUUCAGAUUCCCGGAGGCCCAAGAAGAAGAAGAGGCCGUCUCUGGGUUUGAACAGUGGAGGUGGAGGAGGGGGAGGAGGAGGAGGAGGAAGCUCGAGUCUGACUGGAGGCAGCAGCAGCUCUCAGAGUAAUAUCAGUUUAUCAACCAAAAAAAAGAGGCCUAAGCUCUCUGCACCGUCUAUUCCAAGCAUCUACGAUGACUUAAACUAGCCCAGGCCUGUCUGUCAGACCAGCUCUUGCCUCCUCUGGUAAAUCCCUCCUCUCAAACUGAGAUUUAUAAAUCUGAGCAGGAUGGGAUGAAACUUGACUUCAUAGUUCUUUCAUCAUUUGGCCUUGACAACAUCUACAUUUUAGAGAUUUCUUCUUCUGCAUUAUGAACACAGUGUUCUAAGAAUGGUGGUCAGAAAGAGUCCAGACUGAGUAUCUGCAGGUACUUAUUGACCCAGUUCCAUCAAAAACUGCACAUUCAUCCUGAUGCUCAAGUCAAUUUUAACCCUCUGAACCCUUAGUAGUUUCUGUUUCUGUCACUUUUUUCCCCUCAGUGUGGGUUUAUUUUUCACUGUACCUUUAUGGAAACAGAACAACCAUGACUAUAAAUAGAGAGAACGCAAAAAUCUCUUUUUGUGCAGUAUAGCAAGUUAUAAUGGCGGAAUGAAAAUGUAAUUUCUUUGAUUACUUUUAAAGACUUGCUGAAUUUUUGUCACAUGGUUGUUGAUUUCAGUUGAGCCCGUCAUCACUUUAAGGCUGCACUUAGGAGCACAGAAUUUUUAGUUUUUAUAUGUAAUCUGGUGAGAGCAAAUUGUAUUUUUUGGUAAGUUUUUCAAUUAAGCAUAUGAAAUAAUGUGAUUUUGAUAAAAUAUCACAAUUUUGAGCCUUGAUUUGGUUAAUCUUCAUGGAAAAGCACGGCAGAGAUGAGUAGCACAAGUUGAUUAAAGUUAGAGGUUAUUUUUCGGCCAGUUACUAGCGUGAAUUUGGUGGACAUAACUUGCCUUUAAAACGUCCGGUGGAUUUUGGGGUUCAGAGGGUUCACGCACUUAAUUUGAUGACUUAAUGAUGCAUUCAGGUACCAAACCAAACUGGUAAAACCUUCCAACCAAUAUAGAACCUUCACCAAGCUUUUGCAACAAGGAAGGAAUAUACUAGUAAAAUAUUAUUACUAAUAAAAUAUCAUUAAUAUGUUCAGUACUUGUCAGUGGAAUUAGUUAAUUUUCAUGAAUCCAGAAAAGACAUCAUGCCUAGGUCUUCGAUUCUUCCAUGUGACCUUCAGGUACUCUGUCAGUGUUUUGGCUGUGUAGCUUGUCCAGCUGUUAGACUCUGUGUUCUGUCACACUCAGUUAUGAGCAGACAUAUGAACUGCAACCGCUUUCAGUUCAACACUUGACACGUGUACUGGAGUACUCAUCAGUGGCUUUUAAAUUCUAGCAUUAUAUUGCACAGUUGUGUGUGUGUGUGUGCGCGGGGGUGUGCGUGCGCCUCUAUGCUGACUUGCAUUCAGUCUGAAUGCUAUGUGGUUAGAAGGUGUGUGUGUCUGUGUGUAAUCAUUUGUAUUCUCACAAAGUUAUGCAUCCUUGAAUGUGACUUUUUGUGAAAGAAUGCGUGCCAUUUUAAAUAUUUAACGUUAUUUGUUUACAUCGACAAUAUAUUUAAGUUCCUAUUUGUCACUGCCUAUGUAGUGAUGGGUAUAUUAUUUGUGUGCAAAUGCAGAUUUUGAUAUUUGAUGAGCCAGUAGGGCUCUUGGGGCACAUGUACAGUACGUGUGAGAUGGAAAAUGAAUCAUGAAUCAAUGAAACUUUCUUUGUUCCUCUGUAUUUUUGCCGAUUUUCUGUUUAUAGAUUCCAUCAUGCAUGAAAGUAGAUCAGUACUUAUGUUUGUUGCUGACUGUAUAUAAAAGAUGGACCUGGACAUAGUGAUGUCAUUCAUUGAUUUGUGGGCUGCCGUUUUGAAGGCUCAAGUUUGGCAUUUUUGAUCGUUGCCUUCUUGGUCUUUGGAAACUAGAUGUGACACAAUGUUGUGUAAAGUGGUCUGGCUGCACCUCCUUAUCAUUCCACUAUAGAGAAAAAACAGUCUGGCUUGUUAGUAUUUCUUUAAAAUAAGAACAAUCGCCUUAGAUGCUGCUAAGACCAGGAUGCAGUGAUGAUGCCCCUGCAACACAUAGUGACAGGGGAAUAGUUUUCAUGUUAAACUGGGAUGUGCGGAGAUGACCGCUGUCAUUUUAAAAUGACAAAUUAACAGAUUAAUCAAGAAAUACAAAUCUUCAAUGUGUUGCUCAGAGCUUGUUGAUGCCUACUGUCGUGAAUAGGAUUUUAAAAAUGGGGAUCGAUAGAUAGCAUAAACAGAGGGGAAAAAAGUCUUGUGAUCUGUGGUAGAAAUGGCAGAUUUAUGCUUGAAGUCGACAUUCUAACAGACUAAUCACAAGGCAAUCCUUCCCUGAAACAUCCCCUGGCUUAUUGUCUAUUGCAGUCUAAAUGGGACCAUAAUUUGCAAACGAAGCAUCACAAUGUAUUGAAGGACACAUGGAACUAGCAGUUUCGACCAUAAACCCAUUCAGAAAAUGUUUCCUGAGGUAGCAGUUCGAGCGUGAAGCAGCUUCAUUUUCUCGUAGACUUCUAUACAUCUGACUUCAUUUUGCAACCAGGAGUCGCCCUCUGCUGGUUGUUAGAAAGAAUGCAGGUUUGAGGCACUUCAGUGUUGGCCACACCUUUCAGGCCUUGAGGCUACGUCUGUCCUUUAUAUACAGUCUGCUUCUUGUAAGCUCACAUUGUCUGAUGUACAUUCUAAAAUGUUUUUUUGCAGUUAAUGUCUCAAAAGAAUUUCCAUUUUUAUUUCAUAUAAAUUGGCUUCACAAACCCAAAGACUUUACCUGUGCAGUUAUCAGAAAUGCAUAGGAAAAUACAUGGAUGUUGUAUGUGAGGGCUGUAGUCUCCAAGUCGACUGAUCGAUUAGUUGGUCAAUAUGGUGUUCUCCUGCCGAACAGUCGCUGGUGUCACUUCCAGGAUUAAUUGCCAAUUUAGAAGUGGUCCAACCCAGUGUACACUUUUUUUUUUUUUUUUACAUAUUUUACAAUAUUUAUUUGGAGUAGACUCCAAACUAUCUGACAACACGUCAAAGAAGUCACUGAUAUGGCUCAAAAAGUUGAGUAUCAACAGCAUCUAACUUACCUGUGUUACAUUCCUCAAUAGAUUUUGUGUUGGAUCAUGAGUAGUUCUUUCAGAAAUCAUAUGAAUAUCAGCAGGCGUCUGUAAUCAUUACAGUAUAAGAUACUGAGGUUAAACUGUGGCUAAUUGGGCUCGCAGGUAAAGAUCAUUCAGUAGCCGACCAAUCGAUUUAGUUGAAGAAUAGAUACGAUUUUCUUUGGUCGACUGUAGCCCCAGGAAAUUAAAUUUGUAUGCAUCACUGUGAUGCUGUACUACUUGGGGAUUGUACAAAACUUAUUUGUUUGGAGACAAAAGGCUUGGAAACCUGAGAGGUGGAGGUUAGUUUGUGGCAUUUUCAUGUCUACGCUUGUAUAUCAAUACUAGAAAUGUGCACCUGAAGAGGCCGCCUGAAAAUGUGCACAGUAUCUCUAUUUUUAUGCCCUUUUAGCAGUUGGGUUUCCACUGCAGGAACUUGGGGCAGGCAAAAGUUUCCAGGAACAGCACUUUUAACUGACUCUGAGCAUUUCUGUUUCCAUUUCCCUGUAGAAUUGGACACAUAGUGGACAUGAUUCCAGUUUGAGGGGUUUAUGAAAAAUAGAACAGCAGAGAUUUGUUUUGUUAGCGUAUGUAUGGUGAACUUUACAUUGCUGUUAGAGAGGACAACACUGCUACUUAACCCUUUGAUGCACGACAUGAGUCAAAAGUGAGCCAGUCUGAUGACAAAUGGGUAUCUCCUGGCCCAUGCUGUGCAUCGAAGGGUUAAAUGGAAUCUCAAGAUGGUAGAAAAAUGGUGCAAAUCUUUCUGUUAUAGUUUAAUCAAGCACCGGGCGGUAAGAAGUACUACCUACCCUUGAGCAGGUACUUUUUUCUCCCUGAAAGCAGCCCUAAAAGAGAUUGCACAAAGGUUUAUUGUGCCCUAAAAUGCCCCAUAAGUUCCUGUAGUGGAAAAUUGCUUUAUGACGAAGUGGUUUUCCCACUCUUUGCCUGAAUAGGUCUGCUUCGGAUUGACUACUUUUAUCUUUUGUCUUAGUUGAACAAUCCGUCACAUGAGCCCGUUCUUUUAGAGCACGUAUUACUCACCGAAAGGCUGUUGGCCUGAAAUUUUCUGCAGUUCUUGCUGUGAGAUGUAUAGGGGGAAAACUCUAUUUCAAAAUCCACAGAUAAUAAUCGUGUCUGUAGCAAAGCUUGGUUGAUACAGUUGGACUAAGAAGUUAGUUUUGGAAGAGGAAGAGAAUAAAUUGUCAGCAACAGCAGAGACCAGAAAGCAUUUGGUUGAUGAAAUAACAACCAGUAAUGUCUCCUUAUUCAAAAUGGCUCAAAUGUUCACUAGGUUUUAGCUUUGUCAGUAUUCUCAGGUAUUUGGGAAAAGGUGCACAAAAUAGAUUCAUUUUGGUCAUGGAGAGCUUUUUAUCAGUUGUAAAAAAAAAAAAAGUAACAUUCAAGCCUCUUCACCUUCCAAAUAAUUUUUAUACAAUCCCUAAAUUCAAGUGCAUUCACUUUUUUUUGUCUCCAAUGUGACAAUCUGCCAGAGCCUGAUUUUAAUUCCAAUAUGGAGCACAUUUGUCAGGUUUCUGUUAGUUUCUGCAGCAGCAUUGGCUGUGCCCUUGUGAAUCCUGUCCAGUAAAGUCUUGUAAUGUGCACUAACGAUAAAAUGAACUGUAACUGAGGUAGUUAGCUAAGUAUGAUCCGAUGCUCACGCCACCUUUAGCGAAUGAAGCUAACAGCAGAUGUUCUCUUGUGGCUCUUUGUGUAUCUGUGUGCAAUGACAAAGAAUGCAAUGUUGAGAUAUUUUCUCAUGCACAAGCACAAAUUAUGAGUGCAUGUGUGAGUGACUUGUAUCUGAACAUGAUGUGAUACAUGGGUUAUUUUUCUUCACUGCCAUGCAUUCUGAUGUUUGUAUAUAAAUAAACACAUACUGGACGUAGA